UAAAAUACCUUGACCAUGUCCAGUUCUGCAAAGAAACAUCCCAACAAUCUUUGUUCUGAAAAGCUUUCAACAGCCAUGGCCUCUGCCCAGUGCCACAAGCCCUCAGGGCAAACCAACAACCAUGUCCAACACACAGCCUACUAUGAACAAUCCACCACAACUGAGGUCACAUACCAGCAAAAGAACAAGCCCCGCCCGGCGAACAACGAUCACCACUCCUUGACAGACAAGGUGAAGGAGAUGGCGAAUUCAGCCAAGAAAAUGUUCCAUCAUGACGAGCACCAUGGGUCUCAUGGUCCUCGUAAUGAACACAACAACACUCCAACCGAGGGGAAGAAGAAGAAGAAGAAGAAGGUGAACAACACGGAAGGGAAUUGCUUGCCAAAGAUGCACAUAAAGGUGCACAAGAAGAAGCACAGUGGUAAUAACAGUAGCAGUGACAGUGGUGGAAGCAGCAGCGAGAGUGAGAAAGAGUCGCGCAAGAAGCAGCACUGAGCGACGACAAACCUUAAAAGUAUGGAAAUGAAACUAUUAUCCUGGUAUACAUAACAAUAGCCUUUCCGUAAAAUGGGACAAAGCAUGAAAAUAAGAAUAAUCUCAAUAUGUAUGUGUGUGCAGAAAACACUAAACCUUAAAGAUUAUAAACAGGUAAUGUAAUGCUACAGAUUGCCUGAAGAAACUAUUGUGUAUCUGGUUGAAACAUCACAUGAUUUAUAAGAAAUAAACAUGAGUUAUGAACAAA